UGGACGAGCUUGUUCCCCUUUCCCGUCCUUUCUCUUCUCUGCAUCAUCGCCUCGACUUUCAUCAUCCUAUACUCGUCAACCCAUCCUUGACUUUUGUAUCAAAAUCUUUAUCGUUUCAUGUUUUGUUCUGGCCUGGUUGGCCUUGUUUGAAACGGUCCGUGAUGCUACCAUAGCCAAUGACGAUCGCUUUAGUCUGGUCUUUUUUUCCUACCCGCCCUUGUCUAGCUUCGGCCCCUUGGAAGAGUGAACAGACAUUCAAUGGACAACUCCACUCCAAUGGCAGGUCCUCGGAGGCAAAGACGGCGGAUGGCGUCCCAGGAAAGUUACCACGAUGAGAUCCCUGUUCCUGGUCAGGGCAAUAAUAAGGUAAGUCGAGUCAAUAGUUCAUGUCACAUAUAAUCAUCCCAACCGUGUAUAUCUAUCCUUACCCUGUCUACUCUUCCCUUUCUUCGUUCCAUUUCAAGUCAGUCGAAAGCUACCACACCACACCCUCCACCACGACAGUCAGUCUUUAUCGUGUGAACACGCGAUCGCGUGUGUCUCUCCUUGCCUCUCUUUUUUAUUCAUAUUCCUGCUUGUCUGGAACAGCGUCAUCUUGAUCACCACCCUCUCUUUUAUUUUGCCUGCUUUUAAAGAACAAGCCAGCGCCCGUCUCUCCCUCGAAUAGCUUUGUUUCUUGGCUUAAGAUUUUUGGUCUUAUUUUCUUUGGCCUAUCUACUUGCCAUCCGCAACAUCAACACACUCUCUAGAGCGAUACUACACCUCUACACCCCAGAAACAACGAUUUAGCUGGCUAUUCAUCGUCAUCAUGGGGCUUUCGACUAUCGUCACGGCCUCCCUCUUGGCCAUGCGCCUCUUCACCCUCCCAGCUUCGGCUGCUCCUCAGGCCAUUGAGGUUGAGGUUGAGGUCGCUGCUCCCGCGGCCUCUGUGUCUACUGCCGCUCCGGCCUAUCCUGCACCCCCCUCACCUGAGCCUGCCACUCCCGAGCCUCCUGCUUACUCGGCUGCCGCUGCUGCCGGUUCUUGGUGGUUGUCCGACAUCAAGCGCCAGGGUGUCGUUGCCUAUGGCUCUGCCGACUACAAGAUCUUCCGCAACGUGAAGGACUACGGUGCCAAGGGUGAUGGUAGCUCUGACGACACUGAGGCCAUCAACGCCGCCUUCUCUGAUGGCAACCGUUGUGGUAAGGGCUGUGACUCUUCUACUGUCACUCCCGCUCUCGUCUACUUCCCUGCUGGUACCUAUGUCGUCUCCAAGCCUAUUCUCCCCUACUACUACACCCACAUGAUCGGUGAUGUCAACAACCUUCCUGUUCUCAAGCCAACUGCCAACUUUGAGGGCAUGGCUGUCAUUGACGUCGAUCCCUACAACUCUGACGGCUCCAACUGGCACACCAACCAGAACAACUUCUUCCGACAGGUCCGCAACUUUAAGAUUGAUCUCACCGGUAUGCCCAAAAGCUCCGGUACUGGUAUCCACUGGCAAGUCGCCCAAGCUACCUCUCUUCAGAACAUCGUCUUCCAGAUGAUUGAGGACCCUAGCGACGACAACAAACAGCAAGGUAUCUUUAUCGACAACGGCUCCGGUGGCUUCAUGACCGACCUCACUUUCAUCGGUGGUCGAUAUGGCGGUUUCUUUGGUAGUCAACAGUUCACCAGCCGAAACAUGACUUUCCGCAACUGCAACACUGCCGUCUACAUGAACUGGAACUGGUUGUGGACUCUCAACGGCCUCGACAUCUCUGGCGCCAAGGUCGGCAUUGACAUGACUGCUGGCGGCAACGUUCAGAACGUCGGCUCUAUUCUCCUUACUGACAGCAAGAUUGCCAACACUGCAGUCGGUGUCCUGACCAACUACAAUCCCGCCCAGCCCGAUACCAACGGCACUCUUAUCAUCGACAACGUCGACAUGUCCUCUGCUGUCCCUGUUGCCGUCAAGGGUGGUGGAUCUAGUGCUACUAUCCUCCCCGGCAACGCCAAGAUUGCAUCGUGGGUCCAAGGUCGUGCCUACACCGGCGGCAGUGGUAAAGCUAUCCAGGCCACUCAGACUCCUGUCACCAAGCCCAAGGCUCUUCUCGAUACCAAGGGUAACGUCGUCACCAAGAGCAAGCCUCAGUAUAACAGUGUCCCCGCUGCCAACUUCAUCUCCGUCAAGUCAAAGGGUGCCAAGGGUGAUGGCAAGACUGAUGAUACUGCCGCCAUUCAGGCUGUCUUCAACAGUGUCCAAGAUGGUCAGAUCGUUUACUUCGACCACGGCGCUUAUGUCAUUACCGAUACUGUCAAGGUUCCCAAGAACAUCAAGAUUGUUGGCGAGGUCUGGCCUCUCAUCAUGGCUGGUGGUAACAAAAACUUCAAGGAUCAAGCCAACCCCAAGCCCGUCUGGCAAGUCGGUCAAGCUGGUGAUGUCGGCAACGUCGAAAUCCAGGACCUCAUGUUUGAGACUCUCGGACCCCAGCCCGGUGCCAUCUUGAUGGAGUUCAACGUCGCUGGUUCUACUCCCGGCUCCGCUGGUCUCUUUGAUGUCCACUUCCGCGUCGGUGGCUCUGCCGGUACUCAACUCCAGUCUGACACCUGCAAGAAGACUCCCGACGUCAAGACCGAGCCCAAACCCGAAUGCCUCGGCGCCUUCAUGCUCUUCCACAUGACCAAGCAGUCUAGCUGCUACCUCGAGAACACCUGGUUCUGGGUUGCCGACCACGAGCUCGACCUUAGCGAUCACUCUCAGAUCAACCUCUACAACGGCCGCGGAGUUCUGAUUGAGAGCACCAAGGGUGCUUGGCUGUGGGGUACCGCUUCCGAGCACAGCGUUCUCUACAACUACCACCUUGAGAAUGCCUCUAAUGUCUACAUGUCGCUCAUCCAGACCGAGACUGCUUACAUGCAGGGCAACCCUGACGCGACCGUCCCCUUCACCGUGAACAAGAAGUAUUUCGACCCUGACUUCAAGGCCACCUGCACCGGUACCUCUGAGCGAUGUGCCCGUACCUGGGGUCUCCGCGCUGUCAACUCCAAGGAUGUCUUCAUCUAUGGAGGAGGCCUCUACAGCUUCUUCGACAACUACGACCAGGUCUGUGUCGGCCAGAACAACUGCCAGGACAACAUGAUCGACAUUGAGAGCUCCCAGGUGCACCUUUACGGCAUCAGCACCAAGGCCUCUGUUAACAUGGUCAAUGUUGAUGGCAAGUCGGCGGUCCUCGACAAGGACAACCGCAACAACUUCUGCGCCGCCAUCGCGCUCUUCUCAUCUUAGGAAGAUGAAGUCAACGCGCCACCUUAUGGUGUGCCUCCUUACGCAUGGCCAGCGCGAAUACCCGAGCGACACGUGCUCAUUGCUGAUUAUGUGCUUUAAACGUGCCUCUGAUUUUCUUUCUCUUUCUUCUUUUUUCCAUAGGGUCUUUUUGUUCCAGGAUGGAACUGGAGUUUCGGAUAAUAAGCGAUGAAAAAACGCUUUUGAUAACUGCACCUUACCUUUGAGUAGACAGGGUAGCUGAAUGAAUCAAGUUGAGACAAGAAAUGUGACCCCCAAAUGUGACAUUUUUGUGAGUGUGAUAUGCUGUGCUGUGAUG